GCCCAAUGGGAAGGAUUAACGGGACGAAUUGUCUUUAAUAAAACUAGUGGUUUACGGACAGAUUUUGAUUUGGAUAUCAUCAGUCUCAAAGAAGAUGGUCUUGAAAAGGUUGGAGCGUGGAGCCCUUCUGAUGGUUUGAACAUCACAGAAAUUUCCAAAGGACGAGGGCCUAAUGUCACAGACUCGCUGAGCAACAGAUCUCUAAUUGUCACCACUGUCCUGGAAGAGCCCUUUGUCAUGUUCCGUAAGUCCGACACAGCCCUGUUCGGGAACGACCGCUUUGAGGGUUACUGCAUCGACCUCCUGAAGGAGCUGGCCAUCAUCCUGGGCUUCACCUACGAGAUCCGGCUGGUGGAGGACGGGAAAUACGGGGCGCAGGAUGAGAAGGGGCAGUGGAACGGCAUGAUCAAGGAGCUCAUCGACCACAAAGCUGACCUGGCCGUUGCUCCUCUCACCAUCACCCACGUUCGGGAGAAAGCGAUAGACUUCUCCAAGCCUUUUAUGACCCUGGGCGUCAGCAUCUUGUACCGGAAGCCCAACGGGACCAACCCCAGCGUGUUCUCCUUCCUCAACCCCCUGUCUCCUGACAUUUGGAUGUACAUCCUCCUCGCCUACCUGGGGGUCAGCUGCGUGCUGUUUGUCAUAGCCAGGUUCAGCCCAUACGAGUGGUACGAUGCUCAUCCCUGCAACCCAGGAUCAGACAUCGUGGAGAAUAACUUCACCCUAUUGAACAGCUUCUGGUUUGGGAUGGGAGCGCUGAUGCAGCAAGGCUCUGAGCUGAUGCCCAAAGCACUGUCUACACGGAUCAUUGGUGGCAUAUGGUGGUUCUUCACCCUAAUUAUCAUCUCGUCCUACACGGCCAACCUUGCCGCCUUCCUGACGGUGGAGAGGAUGGAAUCCCCCAUCGACUCGGCAGAUGACUUGGCAAAGCAGACGAAAAUAGAGUAUGGAGCAGUGAAGGAUGGAGCUACUAUGACCUUCUUCAAGAAAUCCAAAAUUUCCACGUUUGAAAAAAUGUGGGCUUUCAUGAGCAGCAAACCCACAGCACUUGUUAAAAACAACGAGGAAGGAAUCCAGCGAACCCUCACAGCCGAUUACGCCCUGCUGAUGGAGUCAACCACCAUCGAAUACAUCACCCAGAGGAACUGCAACCUGACUCAGAUCGGGGGGCUCAUCGAUUCCAAAGGCUACGGGAUUGGCACUCCCAUGGGGUCACCGUACAGGGACAAGAUCACCAUUGCCAUCCUCCAGCUCCAGGAGGAAGACAAGCUCCACGUAAUGAAAGAGAAGUGGUGGCGAGGGAAUGGCUGCCCUGAGGAUGAGAACAAGGAGGCCAGUGCUCUGGGCAUCCAAAACAUUGGUGGGAUUUUCAUCGUUUUGGCAGCAGGCUUGGUGCUGUCCGUCUUCGUGGCCAUGGUGGAGUUCAUCUACAAGCUGCGCAAAACGGCGGAGCGUGAGCAGCGCUCCUUCUGCAGCGCCAUGGCCGAUGAGAUCCGGCUGUCGCUCACCUGCCAGCGACGGGUCAAACACAAGCCCCAGCCACCCGUCAUGGUAAAGACAGACGCCGUGAUCAACAUGCACACGUUCAACGACCGACGGCUGCCAGGGAAGGACAACAUGACCUGUAACACUGGAUUGACACCUGUGUUUCCCUAGGGAAUGGGAACAGGGGGGUGGGAGGGAAGGAACUGCAGCAGAUAAGGCUGAAUGAACUCUUAACUAGGGAAGAAAGGAUUAAAAAACAAGAAAAAAAAAACACAGAAAAAAAAAAAGC